UCGCUGGUAGAGGUCUGUCCAAACCCUCCCACUCCCUAACGGAAAACACUUCUCAUCUCACCCUUAUAUUCUGUUGGGAUCUAUCUGCCUUUCGAAAACAUAUCACCACCAUAGAUUAACACACACACAUAUUCAAUAUCAUGAAUAUAUAUAUAUAUAUAUAUAUAUAUUCUAAAUUACUAAUAGAUUAUCAUCGAUCCUAGCUUCUCUCUCUUCCUGCAACCACUAGAUCCAUAUAUCUCUUUGAUUUUGUCUUUCAGAAUCAUAUUGUUGUUGAUGAAGACUUGUUUUGUUGUGAUAGCUAAUGAUCAAAAAGACAGUUAGAACACAAGGAAAUAGGACAAUUUAGGGUUUUCAGUUUGUAGUAUCUAUUUAUAUAUAUUUUUAUCAAGAAGAUCUCAUCAGAUCAGAUGUGCACCAGAGGCCAUUGGAGGCCUGCUGAGGAUGAGAAGCUCAGGGAAUUGGUGGAGCGUUACGGACCUCAUAACUGGAACGCCAUAGCCGAAAAGCUACAAGGAAGAUCAGGGAAGAGUUGUAGGUUGAGAUGGUUCAAUCAGUUGGAUCCAAGAAUCAAUCGAAGCCCUUUCACGGAGGAGGAGGAAGAAAGGCUUCUUGCUUCUCACCGGAUUCAUGGGAAUCGAUGGGCUAUUAUCGCAAGACUAUUCCCUGGUCGGACUGAUAACGCAGUGAAGAAUCACUGGCAUGUCAUCAUGGCAAGAAGAUGCAGGGAAAGGUCGAGGUUGUUCGCGAAGAGGGCUGCUCAAACAUUAGUAAGUGGGCCAAAAUCCCCAUCACAACAACAUCUGCAGAUGAGCUGUGAAGCCAGGAAUUUUGUUUCUUUUGUUGAUAAUUACCCUAAAAGAUUUGAAUACCCUAUCUCAGUUGAUAAUUAUUAUUCAAAUUUUAAGGAGCUCAACUCGGACAAUCUGAUUCAUCAUGUGAAGAUGCAAGAAGAUAGUAGUCACCCUGCGGAGUUUUAUGAUUUUCUCCAAGUAAAUACCGACUGUAAUAGAAGUGAAGUGAUUGAUCAUGGCAUAAGAGAUGAGGAGGAGGUGGAACAGGAAGCGGCGACACAGCAGAGCAGUUCCAGUGCCGGGGUCUCAUUCAUAGAUUUCUUGUCAGUUGGAAGCUCUUCGUAACUCUAGUGCUAGAUCUUGAUGCAUGGUAUAUGAUAAAUCAUUAUACAAGAUUCACCUGCAUAUGCAUAUACUUCUACACAUUUAGUGUGACUAACUAGAACUCUGCGUAGUUGUUAUACAUCACUUUAGUGAGAGAGAACUUAUAUAUAUAUAUAUAUAUAUGCAUGAAGAGGCAUAUGUUGUAUGUAAACUCAAAUGAGGGAUCGAGAAAUUAAUAGCAGCAGGAGAAGUUGUUGUAAAACCAUGAGUAUAACAUCUCUAUCUCUUCCUUUUUUGUUGGUUUGUUUUUAAAACCACAAGUAUUGCAGCUAAGAAGUAACAUCUAGGAAAUUAUUGAUUGAUGGUUUUCUUUUUUUUUUUGUUUUUUUUUGGGUAGGGAAAGAAAGUUUAAUUUAUAAAUGUGAGAAAGCUAAUACACUCAAGGCUUCGCAUAGGGAAGUCGAGCAUUUGCUGAAAGAGCUACAACAAUGAUUCAUAUGGGUUUUUUUUUCCUUAUUUUUUUUCAGAACAUUCAAGCAAAUAUGAUUCAUGGUUGUUGAUCCAUAUGAACUAUAAUACUCUAUACAGUAAUGCGCGCGCGCGCGCACACAUAUGAUACAGUGAGUGGCAUUGGAUAAGUUUGUUCCAUGUAAUCUGCUUUUAAAAUACUUCUGUUGCUUGUAAUAUCAUAUC